UAAACUGCUGUUUGUAUACGGAAUUCAAAGGUUGAUUGGAGCGAAGAGACGUGGAGUUGUUCAGAUUAAACCCUCAAGAAUCGAUUUCAAAAGCUGUUGUAUUGUGGGUAGGGAUUUAUGGCGGAGACAAACGGAGGUUCAGCAGCACCGCCACCGCCAACGUCACGGCGAGUUCCACCGAUGAUUGCGGUUCCACCGGCAUCUUCUUUCGAAAACAUAUUUACCGGUGGACCUGGACCAGGUUUCAGCCCUGGACCGAUGACUCUCGUUUCGAACUUCUUCUCCGAUCAUUAUCCUGACGUCGAUUGCCGCUCGUUUUCUCAGCUUCUCGCCGGCGCUAUGGCUUCUCCGGCGUCUCAAAUCCCUAGCGCUACUUCCGAGUUUGAAGAUUGUUCGUCUUCGAAGAAAUUGGGGGGAUUCAAGCAAAAUCGACCCAUGGAUUUGGUAAUUGCGCAAUCGCCAACUGGAUUCAUGUUUCCAUCUAUGUUUAGUCCUUCUGGAUUACUCAACUCUCCUGGAUUUUUAUCACCUCUUCAGAGUCCAUUUGGGAUGUCUCACCAGCAGGCAUUGGCUCACGUCACAGCUCAGGCCGCCAUGUCUCAAUCUUAUUUCAACCAUGUUCAACCUGCAAAUCCGUCUUCUGAGGAAGAACUGCAGUUGGUCAAUGUAAAAUCAGACCUUGAAGACUCCCAAAUUGGGUCACCGGAUGACUUAUCGGUAUCUCAAUCUGAUGUCAGCGAACCUCGGCAUGUGAUUUCCGUAUCUUCUGAUACUAACGAUGGCUACAAUUGGAGGAAAUACGGGCAGAAACAGGUGAAAGCAAGUGAGCAUCCUCGUAGCUAUUAUAAGUGCACACAUGUUAACUGCCCGGUGAAGAAGAAGGUCGGGCAGUCUCUUGAUGGUCAUAUUAGCGAUAUCGUGUAUAAAGGUCAACAUAAUCAUGAGCCACCGGUGCUUAGCAAACAAGCUCGGGAGGGUGCAGAUGUAAACAAACGGAACCAUUCUCAAUCAGAAACACGUGUGAUGGAAGAACCAGCGGCAGCUCGUGAUCAAGGAUCGAACCAAUUGAUUAGAAUUGAUGAGUCAGAUGAUGAGCCUAAUCCUAAAAGAAGGAAUACUGAUGUUGGACCCGUGCCUGCGCCUUUGCCCUUACCUGCGCCUGUGCCUGUGGAUUCGACUUCAUCUCACAAAAUGGUUGCGGAACCGAAAAUUGUGGUGCAAACGAGAAGUGAAGUUGAUCUUUUAGAUGAUGGGUUCAAGUGGCGAAAAUACGGGCAGAAAGUGGUGAAGGGGAAUACGAAUCCAAGGAGUUAUUACAAAUGCACGUACACAGGAUGCAACGUGAGAAAGCACGUGGAACGAGCUCCAUCCGACCCCAAAUCUGUAGUAACGACAUAUGAAGGCAAACACAAUCACGAUAUCCCGGUAUCUAGGCAUCGAAGCUACAAUAGCAACAACGGUGGUGGGGUUAUGGGGAAAUCGGAAAAGGGUUCAGCUAUAAAACCGUCACAGCGGAAAGAAACCAAGUUUGGGAACAACGAACGACCCGUGCUUUUACAGAUGAAAGAAGAGAAAAUAAGCGCGUAAUGUGGAUCAAAUGAAAUAGACACGUUUCAAAAAGUUCAUAUUGGUUCUAACAGAAAAGUAAAGUACAUUUUGGAUCAAAAUCUCCGUCUUUUUCCGUUCUUAUUUGAUUGUUUAUCGAAGAUACGUAUGUACAAAUGGUUCGUGUGCGAUCGUGCACGUUACUCGCCCUAUUUGUUGUGUACACAGAGUGAGAUCUAUACCUUAUGUGUCAUGUAAUUUAAGGGUAGACAAAUGUGUUCAUGGAAUGUUGUAUUAGGAGCAUGAUAUGGUUAUUAUCCUAUUUUGAGUACUUGAUUGGUUUUUGUUGUGUUCAA